AUGCAAGCACUCCUUUGCCUUCGGCCUUGGUUUUCGAUUCCCCUACUUGCCUUGCUUGCCCACGCACAGGACGCGAAUCAAUCGAACCAAACAACCUCUGUUGUGCCAUAUGUUGAAUCGAGGGUUGAAGCAAUCCCAACAACAGUCCAAGCCUGCGGAGAGCUUGUCUUCGACGGGGCGAAGUCCUUUGACUCCAGGGGAGAGUCGCUGCAAUUCUUCUGGGGCUUUGGGCCUGGGACGCCAAGCUGGUUUCGCACCCCUCGGCUGUCCACGCUACUGGAAGAGGCCACCGCCACCAGCGCAGCCUCCGUGGUCGUGAGCCCCUCAGUUCUAUCCGAAGCAGGUGCUCGUCUGGGCGAGCGUCUCAGGGAAGGAGAGGUGCGAUUGGAGGUGAGGCUGAUUGUUCGCAACACAUUGGGGAACAGCACGGAAGCAGUGGUUUCUGCGGGUGUGGUGGGAUCAACCGCGCAAGCUGAGCCAGUCAUCUUUCCUGUGGGAAGCAGCGAUGUUCAGCUCAGACACAGUGAUCGCCUGGUUCUGUCGGUAGUUACAUCGGAGGCUCCGUUUGCACUCUCAUGCGCCUUACGUGAUCCAGGAAAAAGUGCAGGCCGGACCAAUGUGACUUGGGAGUAUCGAGGCUUGCAAUCAUUUGAAGGGUUUCGGGCUCUGGAGAGCCUUGGGAGCUCGAACCCUCUGAUGCGCGAUCUGUCGGAGGACCCCAAUGCCGUGGAGUUGGCGCCCUAUGCCUUCCAGCCUGGCAGCUUCCAUCUUCUUCGGGCAGUUGCUGCUUUUGAUACGCGUCCAACCCUGGCUCCAAGAGCGAACGUGGUAUUCAGAGUUUCAGUUGAGCCGCUGCCGCCGCUGGAAGUGAACAUCGUCGGCCCCCGAAUAGCUUCCCUGUGCGGCUUUGAACUCGACGCCUCGCAGGUGUGGGACCCGACCCUGCCUGGCAGCAACCUUUCAGACUUCCUCUUUGAAUGGAGGUGCUCGUCCAUCGUGCAAGUGGGCGAGCUUGACAUCUGCGAAAACCUGCCUCACUUCGGGCAAGCAGCACAAAGGAUGGAUGGCUCGGGCGCUGCUGGCCCGAAGCUUCUUGUGGGGCCUGGCCUGCUCCUACCCGGCAUACACCGCUUCUCGGUGCUCGUUCGCCGCAAGGUGGGCGGCGGACCUUCAGCCAUUGCGAGGAACCCCGUGCAGGUACAAAAUGCAUCCUUUGCCACGUUGAGUCUGAACUUCCCAAGCUACGGCCACACUGGCAAGCUAAAUCUUUCGGAUGGAGUUCCGGUGGUUAGUGCUGUCGUGGAUGCAAGCGGCCAGGCAGGCCCCGAAUGCUUGGUGCCAGAGGUCCAUUGGCAGUGGGUGCUUGUGGAAGAUCGUCUCCUGCCCAGAUUGGAUCGGAUUCUUCCAACAACGGCUGAAGCCGUGGGCAAUACGCUGCAGCUACAGUCUGGAGAGGGUGAAGGUGGUCCUUUACUUCCAGGGAUUCCGUAUUACCACGUUCUACUGCAAUCUGCGAACCAGAGUGUUUUGGCUGAUGCAAUUGCAAGCGUCCUUGAGCGGCCGCCGCUGGAGAAUGUUUUGCGAAACGGUGUGGUGGCCGCGGUCAUGUCCCCAAAGUUUGUGGCAGAAGAACCCCCUUCCGGUGGCUCUAUCACAGUCCAGCCGUCGUAUCAUGGUUUCUCCCUUGGGACAACCUUUACCGUUGAGACCGGCAUGUGGAUGGAUGAGCGGCCAUCAGAGCUUGAGUACGAGUUUCUUGCCUUCCCUUUCCAGGACAUGCAGCAGCGCAUACGUCCCGGCAUCGAUUGCGUUGCAUUGCGCCAGGAGCUGCAGCAAGGUUCCCGGGGUGGCAUUAGCGUUCUGCCACGCCUUACGCACCCUCGCGGCCAAUCUGACUUUAUCUUGGAGUUUGAUAGUCACUACUGUCGCUACUUGCCACGGAGCGACAUGUUAUGUACUGUUUGGCUUCUUUGCCUUCUUCUCCUGCGGCCCAGUCUAAGCCUGUACAUCAAAAAAUGUUGGCUGCUGAUUAGUGUGCUGAUAUGGACCCUCCGCAAGCUCUGCAGAUCGACUGGGACCGGCGUAGAAGAUGCGGUUUCCUUGCAGAAAGCAGAGAACCUUGCUGCUGGAUAUCGACACGACGGGCUUGCAGUCACAGAAGUGUUCAAGACGAUUCUCCACUGGCAUUCGGUAGCCUGA